AUGGAGAUGAAGAAGGAUCCUUCUGAUUCUGUGAGAGCGGAGGUUGCCCGCGAUCAAGUCUUGGCACUCUUGUUUGUCGAAAGCGAGGAGGACCGCGGCGCUGUUGACACUACUGCUACAGGUAUUGCCGAUGAUGGAGGAAGCAGUGCCACUGAUGCCGAAGCGCUCUCGUCGGCAGACCAAGGUCACCUCAAGCCAGCGGCAAAAGUCACCGAAAAGGAGGCAGCAGCCAUCCGUGGUGCUGCGUUCUCGGACGAGGGAGAAAGAGCCCAGGAUUCCGACGAUGACCUCAAGAAGACAACCGACGAAAAACCGACGCGGAAGGCUCCCCCGGUAGCGUCUUACCCCACUAGCAGCAGAGAAGGCAAUGCUCAGGAAGUCCUUCGUCGAUGCAGCACCCAAGAUCGAGUCCUGCAAAUGGUGCUAGAUCGUGACGUCAAUGAGACCCCCGAUGGUGUACCGGGAAAGAAGGACGCCAAAGCCAAGGCUGGUAAGAUUCAGACGACCUCGAAAGCCAAAUCACAAGAGGCACAACAAAAGGAGUCCAAAGUCACCAUGAACGCCAAGGAUGCUGCCACCCUACGAACCACCCAACUGACUCGGGCAUCCUCGGAAGCCUCUCAACCUGGCGGGUAUAGCGUUCGUUCCAGCGGAACCCACAGACUCGAUUCCUGGACGUUGACAGUCAACUCCUCCCAAGAGCUUUCGUCGUCCCACCACACAAUGAACAACAACAGCAGCAGCAGCCACCACACUGUAAUAGUCCCUGCGACAAUUCCAAACAGCAGUGUGGUGGAAAGCAUUGCCGAAGCCAGGCCCGUGACAGAUGAAGAGGAAGCCAUUGUGGGAACCGCUCAAGAAGUCACGGAACAAGCUCCCACUACAUCACAUGCCAAAUUGCAGACCCGAAAGACAAUCUGCCACAUUGCCGUUGGGGCCACUUGUCUGUUGGCAUUGAUUGUCCUGCUGGGGCUUGUCUUUGGCAUCAACAACAAUAAGGGAGAGCCAGCACCAACAAUGGAUGAAUCACCAACAAUUUCAGCAGCUCCAACCGCUGCUCCCACAAUCCUGGCGGACACUUGGGAGGGACUUCUGGAUACCACACGCAAUGCCAUUCUUGACAAUCCCCAUUCUCCUCAAGCCUUGGCGUACCAAUGGGUACUGAAUGAUCCCAACAGGACAGUGUAUCCCGAGUGGAAGAUCCUACAAAGGUUUGCCAUGGCUACUUUCUACUACAGCACGGGAGGACAAAAUUGGAAUCUUCAAGACGAUUGGCUUAGCUACCAUGUGGAUGAAUGCUCCUGGUACUUUCGAAAGCUUGUCGGGGGAGCGGAAAACUUUUUCUUGUUUGAAGGGAAUACCGAAGAAGUGGCAGCAGAGCUUCAGUUUCGAGACACUGUGUGCGAUGCCAAUGGACGAUAUCUCCAUUUGGUGUUUACGGAAAACAAUAUGGAUGGAAGCAUCCCGCCAGAGAUUUACCUUUUGCGUGAUUCUUUGCUCUAUUUGGAAGUUGGGUCCAACGAAAAUCUUCGAGGCAUGAUUCCCUCUGAGAUUGGUCUGCUCACAAAACUUCGAAAGUUCUACGCCGACCGAAAUCUCCACACGGGCCAAAUCCCAACAGAGAUAGGACAGCUCACCCUGCUGCAGGAGCUAGAAAUUGGCCACAAUACCUUUACAGGAUCCAUCCCUAGUGAGAUUGGAAACAUGCAAGCCCUGAGCAUUCUCAGUUUGCGAUGGUGCAAAGAAAUUGCAGGUACACUACCAACAGAGCUCUAUAGGCUGACCAACAUGGUCACAUUUCAUGUGCAUGGUUUGAACAGCCUCCAAAGUGGGAAAUUGCUGCCAGAGAUUGGCCAAAUGACAAAGUUGGAGAAGUUUUGGGUCUAUGAUAUUCCAUUCCAUAGUUCCAUCCCAACGGAAAUUGGUUUGCUCUCUGAUAUGAACCGACUGAAUCUGUGGAACUGUUCCAUUACAGGAUCUCUUCCAAGUGAACUAUUCCGGUUGACACACAUGAAGAGACUAGACAUUGAUGACAAUUCAUUAACCGGAACAAUUCCCACCGAAUUUGGACUCUUUCCAAGUUUGACCAUGGCCUGGAUGAAUGGCAACAGCUUCACAGGGACUCUCCCAAGCUCAAUCUUUGAGAACUGGGGACAGCUCUCCUACCUCAAGCUCCACAACAACAAUUUGGAAGGCCCACUGCCAUCACAACUAGGCCUUUUGACAUCACUCAAUCUACUCUGGCUUGCUCAUAAUGAGUUUUCUGGUAGCAUCCCAUCAGAGCUAGGGCUCUUGAACAAUGUGACUGAGCUGUUUCUCCAUGAUACUGGUCUGACUGGCAGCAUUCCUGAAAGCUUCAAAGAGAUGGCUGGGUUAGAGGCACUAACAGUAUCAAACACCUCUCUGACUGGUUCCAUCCCAAAUGGUCUCUGUGAGAAUAUUUGGGAUAUGACUUACACCUGCAAUGAAUACUUUGGCGGUCUGUACUCGUUUUGUGAAGAUAUGAAGAGGGUCAAUUUCACUUGCUCCUCCACUGAUCUCUGUGGAUGUGAUGCAUGUGGGGCAUGUAACUAGCUAGCUGAUGACACUACCGGUACUACUGUAGCAAGCUAGUAUUGGAUCAUAGCUUCAUUUAAUUAAAU